ACUUUGUUUUUAUUCACAAACAUUAUAAGUUUAUUGAUACCAAGUUAUCUUGUCGGAUUCUAAACACGUGCAAUUUGUGAACUUAGUAUAUUUUCUAUAUAACAAAUUCUGAAAGAUGGCACCCACUAUGAAACCUGGUUUGAAAAAGAAAACAAUUUUAAAAAAAAAGAAGUCUAUAUCAGAAAAACUAAAAAAAGUGGAAUCAGACGAUGAAAGUAAAUGUUCUGAUAAUUCUUUAGAUUGCAUUGAAUUUAACAGUGAAUCUGAUCAUGAUGCUAGCAGUCUUAGUGAAGAUGAAGGUGGUCGAGUAUAUGAUAGUGAUGAUUUGGAAGAUGAAGUUGAAAAAUUAAAAACUUCUGAUCCAGAAUUUUAUAAAUAUAUUAAAGAGUGUGACAAAAGUCUUUCUAAAAUAUCAGAAUCAAAUGGUUUUGAUAGUCAAGCUGAAGAAGAUGAAGAUUAUGAUGAAGAUGAUAUUGAAGGUAUCAAAGCAGAAAAACUACAUAAACCAUCUACUGAUUUAGAAAUUGGUAGUGAUGAAAGUGAUUUUGAAAAUCAAGUUAAUGAACAAGAUCAGUUUAUUAUAACAUUAGCCAUGAUACAAUCAUGGAGAGAAAAACUACAAAAUUCAAAACAAAAACUUAAGUAUAUUACCACUGCAACUAAAGCAAUGACUGCAGCUUUACAAAGAGUGACAAUAGAUGAAAUUAAUAAACCUACUCCAUAUAAAGUUGAAGGAAGUUCAGUAUUUAAUGGAGUUCUCCAAAUGUGUAUGUUCGACUUAUAUCCAGCUAUUUUAAAGUUUUUGAAACUUCCUCCUGGCUGUACUUCAAAAAAUAUGAUAUUAAAAUCUAAGUAUUGGAAUAAAGUAAAAAUGACAGUGCGAUCAUACUUAACUGAUUUAACUAAGUUAUUAAACAAUGUAUCUAGUGAAGACAUUACAUGUGUUCUUUUGAAACAUUUACAUCAAAUGAUUAGCUUUUUAUCUUGUCUUCCAACUAUUGUAAAACCUAUAUUAAAACGAUUAGUAGCAUUAUGGAGUGCCAAUGAUUGUGAAACUGUUAAAGUUGUUGCUUUCCUAUGUAUAUUAAAGUUAGCUAACAGUGACCCAACAGUUUAUCUAGAAAUGAUUCUUAAGGCAAUGUAUGUUGGUUAUAUUGCCAACAGUAAAUUUGUUUCACCUAAAUCUUUACCUGGAAUUAAUUUUAUGAGACAAUCAUUGACAGAAAUGUUUUCUAUUAAUGAAGCUAUUUCAUAUAAUCAUGCAUUUUUAUACAUAAGACAAUUAGCCAUACAUCUUAGAAAUGCUGUUACGUUAAAGAAAAAGGAAAACAUACAAUCUGUAUAUAAUUGGCAAUAUCUUUCAUCACUUAAAUUAUGGACAGAUGUGUUAUGUGCUACAUUAAAUAAGAAACAAUUACAAACUUUAGUUUACCCUCUCAUACAGAUUAUUAUAGGAUGUGUUAAACUAAUACCAACAGUACAAUAUCUACCAUUGCGGUUCCACUGUAUUUCAAUGUUAACAAAACUUAGUAAAGAAACUGGUAAAUUUGUACCUGUAUUGCCUCAUAUCAUUGAAGCUUUAAGUAUUGUUGACUUUCAAAAGAGACAUUCUAAAACUUCUAUGCGUCCUAUGGAUUUUACUUGUGUGUUACGUUUAUCAAAGUCACAAUUACAAGAAAAUGUAUUUAAAGAUGCAGUUAUUGAAAAUCUACAUUCUUCUUUGAUGGAUUAUCUUAUUGUUGAAGCACACACAAUAAGUUUUCCAGACUUAGUUAUUCCCCUUACUAUAAAAUUAAAAGAAUUUAUUAAGAACUGUAAAAAUAUAAAUUAUACUCGGAAAUUACGUACCAUAUUAGAUAAAGUAAAAGAGACGUCUACUAUGAUAAAUGAAAAAAGAGGAAAAAGUGGAAUACCUCUUUAUGAUUUGAAAGCAAUUCAAGCAUGGGAAUCUGAUAUAAAAAUAGCAGGUACACCAAUGUCACAAUAUUAUGAUAGCUGGUUUAAAUUAAACCAACAACAAAUGGCUAGAAAAUUAACAAAUAAUAUUGCUCUUGGAGAAUUCAAUAUUCCUACAUUAAUAAAACACAAGAAAAAAGAAAAUGGUAAUAAAGAACCAGCAGAACUAUUUCCAUCUGAUGAUGAGGAAUUUGAAGCAAAUUUUGGAUCAUCUGAUGAAGACAAAGAAAUGAAUGAAGAGGUUGGCAGUGAUGAUAAUGAUAGUAGCAUUGAAGACAAUUAGUUAAUUUGAUUUGAAAAAGAUGUAAUCUACAUUUUAUGUAAAAUUAAAUAAAUCACUAUUAUUAUAUAAA